CUCAGCACCGCCCGCUAUCAACAUCAUUAUCAGAUAAACAACUUAUCAUUAAACAUGGCAGCCAGAUUCGUCUCUUUCUUCUGCAUCAUCGCAGCUGCCGCUGCUCUGCCCGUAGUGCCUCUCGCUAAAGUGGCCUACGCUGAACCCGAAGCGCCCGCCCACUACGAGUUCCAAUACUCCGUACACGAUGGCCAGAGCGGUGACGUCAAGCAGCAGCAAGAAGCCCGCGAAGGCGACGCUGUCCACGGCUCCUACUCUCUGGUUCAGCCCGAUGGUGUCCACCGCAUCGUAGAGUACACCGCAGACAAGGAACACGGAUUCAACGCUAUCGUCCGUUAUGAAGGCACCCCCAUUCCCGCGCCAGCUCCCGCCAAGGUUGCCUACGCCGCCCCUGCAGUAGCCAAGUACGCUUAUGCCCCCGUCACCAAAGUCGCAUACGCUGCUCCCGUCGCCAAGGUAGCAUACGCUGCCCCCGUUUCCUACUCUGCCCCCGUCUCCUACUCCGCCCCCUUGUCUUUCGCCGCUCCAGUCGCCAAGGUCGCUGCUUACUCAGCGCCUCUUGGCCACGUCACCUUCUCUUCUCCAGCCGUGUCUUACCACCACUAGAAUGAAUGUUGUUAUCUAAAUUAUUUUGUUAACUAUUUAUUACAACUACAUUAGCAAUCCUA